AUGGAUACCCCCAGCACCAAUCAGAGCGAUCUGGUUACAGAGAGGGAGGGAGGAACCGCCGUUGCGGAGGGUAGCUCAGGCACACCAGUGGAUAACAAGGCCCGAAAUUCACCAGCUGAGGUCAAGAAGGCGAAGAUCAAGAAGAUGAAGCAUUGCAAAAAGGGUAAGAAGGCCAAGGCAAAGAAAUCCAAGGAGGUUGUUACAAGCGAGAGCGAGGAUUCAAAUUCGUCAAGUGAUUCGGAUACCGCGAGUGAUGAAAGUUUGAGCGACUCGGAAGAAGAUUCUGAGAGCGAGAGUGAAACCGAGACGGAAAAGGAGAAGCGGAAGCGAAAAGCGAAGAAGAAGGCCAAGCAAAAAGCAAAGGAUAAGCGGAAGACUAAGUUGAAGAAGAAGGUUAAGAAAGAGGUCUCCUCAGACUCCGACUCAGAUACAGAACCAGAGUCAGAUGUCGAUUCCGAAACCCAAUCGGAAGUCGAUGAGGAACCGGAAGUCGAUUCGGACGAUAAUCUCCAGCAGCAAAUUCUUGACGUACAACAACAGAUACAACAAUUACAAACUAGUUGGAAUCUACAAUCGUCCCUUGGAGGAGCAGCCGCUCAAACAGCGCUAGGUGGAGCCCUUCGGCGCCACCACCAAUCGAGGAUAGCCGCUGCACGUUAUAAACAAAAGAAACUGAGGGGUGCUGCGAAGCUGUCGGGAAUUGAUGGUGAGGGCCGGAAGAAAAACAAAAAAGAGAAGAAGGUCAAACAGAAGCGUGGCAGCAAGCUGGAGUUCAAGAGAGUUGAUCAGCUGUGGGACAGCACGAUCCACAACUACAAACUCACAGACACGGCCGAGGACGCAGAGAGCUCUGAGUAUGACCAAUACUUGUUCAAUGUUCGGAGAACCUUUGACUGGGAGGGCAAAUACAAGAACACCGUUGUUGACAUUAAGAGCAAGCUCAUUAAAGAAGCCUUGAAUGAGGUUAUGGAUGGUGUCAAGGGUGUCAGUUUGGUUGAAGAAACACCUACUGUUGAUCCCAAUCUGCUAUUUCUCUACCUUGAAGAUCUUCGGGCAUCGUACAAGGCUUUGAAGAACAAGAAGGUUACAGUAAAAAAGGGCAAGAAGAAGGCGAAAAAGCACAAUGCGACCAAACGCGCGCACCUCAAGGUCCUUGUGAAGUACCUUGACAGAGAUUACGCUUCGACUAAGAAAACACUCUAUCCUAUGCUAGAAUCUGGAUUGAUUACCUUCGAUCUUCUCUGGGCACUCUACAAACCUAACACUCUCGCAUACACCACAACCUACGGAUCCGUGGAUGAACCUCGGGCCUUUAGAAUUGAAUUGGCCGAGAAGGAAUCCCACUUCAUGAAAGGGGAAUGGUACAAUAUCGAGGGCAAAUAUCUCGAGUAUGAUGGCAAAACGUGGGGCAUGGGCACGAUGGAUGUCGAUGUUCCCGCAUUUAAGGGGGCCAGAAAGAUUACUAGCCUGGGUUGCUAUCCCCUGAAAUACCAUAAGGACGAGACGAAGCUUCGUGCUGAGCUAAUCGAACGAGGCAAGAAAUUUGUUUCUCUUCAAGGCGUCAACUACCGAGCCCAUGAGGGCCUGGCAUAUUACAAGAAGAAGAAGCAAAUCAUCAAGGUCAACAUCAAUGGCAGAAUCAUGGUCGACCCGGCAAUUCAUCGUCGAAUCAAUCCUAAUUACAACGUCAGUACGGUCAAACCGCAGGACCCAGAUCUUUAUGAUUCUGGCUCUGAUUCGGAUGAUGAUUCUGACGACGGUUGUGGGUGUUGUGACGAGUCAGACGACGACCAGCAGAACUUUUUCGAAGCAGGCACUAGGAAUGAUGACGAUGAACCAAGAACAAAAAUGAAGGUGGUUCUGGAUAACGAUAAUCAACCUCGUAUCGUCCGUGUUCCUAUCGAUGCCGACGGUCAGGAGGUUGCGGUCGAGAAACUCGAAGAGGUCCCAAGCAAUAUGGCUAAGAAUAAAGAUGGAGAGGCUGUCGCGGCUGAAGAGGAUAAGAAGGCAGUUCCAGUACUCACAGAUGAGGAGUACCUAAUUGCUUCGCCUGUUGUGCUUGGUUUUGCCUUCGCCGAGAAGUUGUGGCUGGAGUUCACUGUAUCCGGGGUGAAGGAUAUUGUGUGGAAUGAGGGUGCUUAUGAGUCUUUGGUACUUGAAGGCAACACCAAAGCUAUUGUCAAGGCACUUGUCGAGUCGCAUAAAUAUCACCCAGCCGAAAGCAUCGACGAUGUCAUUCAGGGUAAAGGCAAGGGCUUGGUUGCUGUUCUGCAUGGUCCUCCAGGUACAGGAAAGACGCUCACAGCAGAGGGUAUAUCAGAGCUUCUCAAAUGUCCCUUGUACAUGGUUUCUGCAGGCGAGCUGGGGACCGAUCCUCGCACUCUUGAGGCGGAACUUCAGAAGAUCCUCGAUAUCGCUCAUGCAUGGGGUGCAGUCCUCCUGCUCGACGAAGCAGACGUCUUUUUAGAAAAGCGCACCAUCCAAGACAUCCACCGCAACGCCCUCGUAUCCAUCUUCCUCCGUCUCCUCGAAUAUUUCCAAGGUAUCCUAUUCCUGACCACCAACCGUGUUGAGACGUUCGACGAUGCAUUCCAAUCCCGGAUCCACAUCGCUCUUCGUUACGGAGAGCUGAGCACCAAGGCCAAGAGAAGUGUAUUCAAGAUGUUUAUCGAGCGGGUUCGCGUCCUGGAGGGUGUUGCCACUAUGCCUUUCACGGAAGAGGACCUGAAUAGUCUGAGUCGACAUAACUUGAACGGACGACAGAUCAAGAAUACUAUUCGAACAGCACAGGCUCUCGCUGUUAACGUCAGCGAGCCUCUGAGCAUGGAGCAUAUCAAGCGCGUCCUUGAUGUCUCCAAUGCCUUUGACCGCGAUCUCAAGGGCGGACCGGGCUUUGAGGAUGCCAUGCGAGGGUAUUUCUAG